ACAGUGUAUAGUGUGUUUCGGAAUUUCGGAGGUCAACAUGGAAAAAUAAGGUUAUAAUACAAUACUAGAUAGCGUCUUGUCGCAGUAAUCGGAUGUCGUCAUGGGAAGCAAAGUGAGUAGCAAGAUGGCAGCUGCCAGUCGUGUCGUGCAGGUUGUGCGACCUCAUGCACCUUUAAUUAAAUUUCCAGAUCGGAAUGGCAUCCCUAGGCCAAGUGUGCAAGAGGCACUGAAUGUGCUUGCAGCCUGUCUCCCACAGAUCUCCCCAUCUGCACCUCCACCUACAACAUCAGUAUCACCUCCACCCAAACCACCGGGACCCGUCAGCCGACUGCCUGGCACCCCUGACAGCCUUGAUGUAGUUAGAGAUCUCCCUCAGAAAUACCGCAGAAGAACCCUUGCGUUAGAUGAAAUGGACUACAUUCAGCGUGGUGGACCAGAGUGACUGUGGUCCAGUCUGUCCAGUUCAUUCAAUCAGACUCUAUUUGCAGAAAUCUGUUGCCUGACUUUUUUUUUCUCAGUCUUAAGAGGAGUUCAUAAUGUCAUAUAGCAAACCAAACCAACUAAAUAAAUUCGUUUUAUUGUAC